GGCGUAUGUGAGGGUAGCCUAGUGAGGGUCCUGGCAGCAGCAGGAGGAUCUCGCGGUAGCUGCUGGGGAUCGCUCUUUCCGCAGUCGGCCCUGGGACAGGCAGGAUGGGCAAGUGCCGUGGUCUUCGUACAGCCAGAAAGCUCCGCAACCACCGACGUGAGCAGAAGUGGCAUGACAAGCAAUACAAGAAGGCCCAUUUAGGGACUGCCCUCAAGGCUAACCCUUUUGGAGGUGCUUCCCACGCCAAAGGAAUUGUCCUGGAAAAAGUCGGUGUUGAGGCUAAACAGCCAAACUCUGCCAUCAGGAAAUGUGUCCGAGUGCAGCUGAUCAAGAACGGCAAGAAAAUCACAGCUUUCGUACCAAAUGACGGUUGCCUGAAUUUUAUUGAGGAAAACGAUGAAGUGUUGGUAGCUGGAUUUGGUCGUGCUGGUCAUGCCGUUGGUGAUAUUCCUGGUGUCCGAUUCAAGGUGGUCAAAGUAGCCAAUGUUUCCCUAUUGGCCUUGUACAAAGGCAAGAAGGAGAGACCAAGAUCAUAGACAUGUUAAACUAUCUCUGUGUUUAAUAAACGUCUUUCACAACUUC